UAAUGAGAAAAAAGGACAUAUAUAAACAAAUAGCUAAAAAACAGAAAACGGUUCAUGUCACCGUUCUCUUUCUCAGUACUCCCUUGUCAUUCCCUUUCAGUCACAGACAUCAAACUCUCCAUGCAAUGGCGACCCACCUGAGACCAUUCACCAUCGGUACACCUUAUACAUCACCGCCGCACCUUCUCCUCCGUCAACAACAACACCAACAACUAGGAAGAAAGAGAACAGUAUGGACGAGGUUAAACGUUCGAGCGAGCUCCUCGUACCUCGACAUGUGGAAGAACGCUAUAGAAAGAGAAAGAAAUACCGUACAGUUCAACAAAAUCGCCGCUGCGAGUGAUAGCGGCGUGGAAGAGGAUGUGGAGAAGAAAACUCAAGAGUUCCAGAAGCUUCUAGAGGUUUCCAGUGAGGAGCGUGACAGGAUUCAGAGAUUGCAGGUGAUUGAUCGUGCUUCUGCUGCGAUUGCUGCUGCUCGAGCGCUUCUUAAGGAUGCUAAUAGUAAUAGCGUUCGUUCUGAUUCCGGCACAUUAAAGGAAAAUGAAUCAGAUUCGGGAAAGCCGGAUGAGAGUGUUUUUAUGCCAGAGUCUGGAACACAAAAUGGGACUCUUUCGGUGCGAGAGUCGGGAACACAAAAUGGGACUCUUUCUGUGCCAGAGUCGGGAACACAAGAUGGGACUCUUUUUGUGCCAGAGUCAGGAGCACAAAAUGGGACUCCUUUUGUGCCAAAAUCAGGAACACAGAAAGAUGGUAUCCCAGGUCCUGAUUUUUGGUCUUGGACACCUCCGUCAGAUGAUAAUCUUCCUUCAAACGAUGCCAAUGGGUUGCAGUUAGAUACCAAGUCUUCAGCCAAUCCAACCUUAUCCAAUCCUGUUCUGGAGAAGGAAAGGUCAUCGCAAUCUCUCUCGAUUCCAUUUGAAAGUGUACUUACUCAAAGCAAACAUUUUCCUAAACUUCCACCACUUCAGUCGUCAUUGGAGGUUGAAACCGCUGCUUCCAUAGAGUCUCCUUCCUUGGAAGAGGAACAGAAACGCGAUGCGCUAUCUUCCGACUAUGCUGCAGAAAUAGUCCGCGCCCUUGAUACAAACAUUUCGCCUAUUGGAGUGAAUCCGGAUGGAACGAGAUGGUGGAGAGAGACCGGAAUUGAGCAAAGACCUGAUGGUGUCAUUUGUAGAUGGACUUUGAUUAGAGGUGUUAGUGCUGACAAAGCUUUAGAAUGGCAAGACAAGUUCUGGGAGGCUUCUGAUGAACUUGGAUAUAAGGAACUUGGUUCUGAGAAAUCUGGACGUGAUGCAGAAGGAAAUGUUUGGCGUGAAUUUUGGAGAGAAUCCAUGCGCCAGGAAAAUGGGCUAAUGCAUUUUGAGAAAACUGCAGACAAGUGGGGAACUAAUGGUAGAGGUGAUGAAUGGCACGAAAAAUGGUUUGAACACUACGAUGCCUCUGGUCAAGCAGAGAAAUGGGCUCACAAGUGGUGCAGUAUUGACCCAAACACACCACUUGACGCAGGUCACGCUCAUAUCUGGCAUGAAAGGUGGGGUGAAACAUAUGACGGGUAUGGUGCUAGCAUAAAAUACACUGACAAAUGGGCCGAGCGUUCGGGAGACGGUGGAUGGGAGAAAUGGGGCGACAAAUGGGAUGAAAAUUUCGAUCAAAACGGCCAUGGUGUAAAGCAAGGAGAAACCUGGUGGGAAGGUAAGUAUGGAGAGCGCUGGAACCGGACAUGGGGUGAGCAACACAAUGGUUCUGGAUGGAUUCACAAAUACGGAAAAAGCAGUAGCGGGGAACACUGGGAUACACACCAAAUGCAAGAUACUUGGUAUGAGAGAUUCCCUCAUUUUGGUUUCUUUCACUGCUUUGAAAACUCAGUCCAGCUCAGGGAAGUUCAAAAACCAUCUGAAAGGCAGGAACAAGUUCAAAAACCAUCUGAAAGGCAGGAACCUUAAUUUGCCGAGACCAUGUGAAAAUAUAGGAACUUUAAUAAUCGAAGUCGGUUAAUGAAUGAAUGAAUGAAUGAAUGGUGUGUAAUAAUGAUAUAAUAAUGAUAAAUAAUGGUGUGUAUUGCUAGCAAUUUAUGCAGAGAGUGGCUUUCGCAAUGUGUAUUAGGAUAGUGAUCAAGAAGAGACAAACAAUGUGAAAUAAUGAUAUAAUAUGCAGUCAAACUUAAGACAAACAGAAUGGUAGCAGGAGUAACACGAGUCUUUAAGAUUGAUAGACACAAUCAAAUCAAAGAUGAAUGUUUACAAACUGCAGAGAAUUGUAAUUUUUCUUGACUGUAAAGAGAAGGAAUAAGAGAAAUCAUAUGAUAGAGUUUAUUCUGGUUUGAUCUUUACCA